GUGUGUAACUAGUGAACUCAUGUUAGUUUGAUUAAGUUGUUCUUGAUACAAUUUCGUAAGCAUGUCCUGCAUCAAUGUCACACAUGUGCACUGAAUGUGAUCAGCUGAUCUUUGUAUCACACUCUUAACAACCAUUAUGAGACUGAUCGUAUUUAAGAUAAUCCGAUUGGUUGAAACUCAUAAACUCUUUGUGAAAUAAAAAUAUAAAAGUGAACGAGUAUGUGAUCUUUCGAAGACACAAGAUAUUCAACACCAAGGUUACAGAGACAGUUGAAUAUAACAAAUCGUUGUGGUCGACAAGUCGUACAAGCUUUGUGCAAUAAAAGUCAUCAUUAUUUAGUGGAGUUCAUUAUAGGAAGUGGAUUAUGGUAGUGUAACAUUGAGGAACGACCGAAGUUGUAAGUGUGAACUUCAGAGUCCAAAUUCGUAAUCUAAGUAGAAAGGACUUGACACGAGAGAAAGUCAUCGAUAAUGUACGUGGCGACAAUCAAUCGAAAUGGUAUGAUUUGGUAUUGCGGACUUGGUCAAUCUUCACAACAAUUUCUUCAUUUCUUCUUGAAAUAUAACCGUCAGUGUCGUACUCAGUUGUGUUUAGCUUUGGGAUAGUUUACUGUAGUUUUAGUAAGAAACACUGCCAAAUUAUUGAGACUUCAUUAGUGGUGCUGUGGUAUUCAACAUUUCACUCAGUUUCACUAGUUUUGUAACGGAUUGUGAAGUGAUUAACAGCAAACAGAUAAAAACGUAAUAUUGAAACACUAGGAAGCUCAGUGGCCAUUAUAUACCCACGCGGCGGGCACGAACUUAAGAACCGCCAUUGCGAUCGAACGCUGUUAUGUUAUUGAUACAGCGGCACGGAUAAAUAGGUAUCAUUUCCAAGCUUUGAUUAGAUAAUUUCGAAUAAAUUGAGCAUUGAGUAGAUUGUUACUAAUGAAUAAUAUCUUGAUAAUAUUCCAAUGAGUAAAAGAAUUAAAUAAUCUGACACUUAGUGUAAGCCAGUUCAUCAGAGAAUGAAUAACCGAAUUAAAAUUGAUCAAAAUUCAAAUAGUACUUAUAUUCAUUUUAUUUCGGUUACUUAUUCUCUGAAGAAUUGGCUUACACUAAGCAUCAGAACAUCCAAUUUUUCUACUGAUUGUGAUAUUACAAAUAUAUUAUAUAGUUGUGACACUGAAAAGUGUUUAUCAUAACAUACAGUAUGACACUCAUCGCUCAUCAACUAUACCACGCAUAGGAUUUGGCCACUGAUUUGUCACCCAACAGUCUCAAUGUUUAACUUUAAUCCGUCUACGAUAUUGUAGGACCAUCUCACACGAUACUGAUAACACACUUUCCAGUGAACUUCAAUUAUAAAUUAAUUUUACCCUACAGAUAAAUAGCUUAACUGAAUUCUAAUCUGUUUCAUCUCAGAAUGAAAAUUGGAAAUAUCUCCGUUAUCGUGGCAAUAUUUACAACUCUAUUACUCAACACUUGCAAAGCUAUGAAGGAAAAUUCAUUUCAAAACACCAUCAAACGGGGAGGUGAUCUGGUCAAUGUAACUAUCUUCAACUUCACUGAUUCUAACACCGAUGCAUUUGAAAAUUGGAUUGAGGUAUCAGAUGGAGGGAGAUCUAAGGCUACACUAGUAAAACUUAAAGGACAGAAUUAUCAAUCAGGGAUAUUGUUCUAUCUUCUCACUCCACGAGAAAAUGGAUCAGGCUUUGCUGGAGUUAAUUGGAUAGUGUUUGAUCAUGUUUUGCCAUUAUAUGACGGUGUAUUCAUUGACCUACGUAGACAGGGUCCACAUUCUCAUUUCAGGUUGUUCUAUGGCAAAUGUUCGGACACAAGCAAUUGUGUAUCGUGUGAAUCAGUUUUCAAGACGUCUGGAGAACGAGAACAAGUGAAAAUAUCAUUCCGUAAUUCUUCAGCAUAUCUUCAUGGAACACCACUAUCUAAUUCAAAGUGCUCAGGAUUAACUCAGAAGUCACAUAUCGGUAUAAAAGUAUAUGUAGAAAGCAAUGGGCAGAGAAACCAAUGUGGUCCAGGUUCCAUUGAAAUAUUCACUAUUUCAGCAUAUAAGGAAGGGUCAAAUGCCAGCUUAAAGAGAUCAAGAUAAUAGGGGUUCAAGACUACGUGAUAUGUGGUACUUAUUGUUACUAUGAUUGUAUUGUGUUUGUAUUAAGUAGCUUUAUCAAUAAAUGUCAGACAUGUACCUGAGAGUUUUGAAUGUUUUCAUGGGUUUCUUGAAAUUCCCGUGAACAUCAGUGAAGGCAAGCGGUGAUGAGAGUCAGGUAUGUGAUCGAAAACAUAUUCAAAUGAUUGAGAACAAUGCUUUGUUACCUUAUCUCUGAUAUUUCAAGUGUUUAUCGCAUAUCGAAAAACGGUUUAAUUUCAAGCUUCAAACUGAUUGACAAUUUUCAAGAUCUUGCAAUUCAUUAACAGGAAUUCUUUUCCUCGAAUUUAUUAUCAAGCUG